AUGGUAUUAAAAUAAUAUCAUAAUUUAGCCAUCAGCCUAAACUAUGAAAUUAAGAAAUAAGAUUAAUAGAAACAAUAUUAAUAGAUAAGGCAAUGUACCUAAGUCUCUUAUGGUAAAUAUUUACAUUAAUUUAGAAAACUGAAGAAGCUGCUGCCAUGGGUCCUAUUCUCUUAGGAGUAUUUCUUUUUGUGGUUGUUGGAUCAGGUAUGGAAUUCUUAUUAUUGAUAGCCAUCUUCUAAAUUUUGAAUGUUUUAUCUAAUGGUAAUGAGUUGUGA